AUGGCAGACGCCUCGACGGCGACUCGGCCGAGUAGGGCGGCUGCUGGCGGAGCAGAUUGGGCUGCAGCGGGUAGUGGUCCUCUGGGUGGUCCACGCGCCUGUUCGAGGCCGACGAUGAGCUCGCGCGCUGCACAGGCGCCGCCGGCUUUGCCUCCUCGACCGAGUACAGGGUGGGCGAGAACUCGUUCGAUGCUGAUGCUGGGGCGGGCGUGUACUGCCCUAGCUCCUGUUUGA